AUGGAAUACUUACAUAGAUGUAUUAGGAAGCUACAUGAUAACCCUAAGUUCAAUUUCCUCCCUAAGUGUGAAAGAGUAGGCAUUACAAACAUAUGUUUUGCUGAUGACCUGAUGUUGUUCACCAGAGGGGAUGAAAAUCCGGUUACUCUUAUGAUAGAAACUGUCAACAAUUUCUCUGCAACCACUGGCCUAAAAUCUAGCCCAACCAAAUACAAGGUGUAUUUUGGAGGGGUGUCUGAUACUGUGCAACAGAAGAUCCUGGACAUCACUGGCUUCAAGGCUGGUUGCUUGCCUUUCAAGUACCUGGGUGUGCCCCUUGUUAGUAGGAAACUCACUGUUAACAUGUGCAGACCUUUGAUAGAGAAAAUUGUUUCUAGAAUCAACCAUUGGACUGCAAAACUUCUAAGUUAUGCAGCUAUGUGUAGAAGCUUUAUGUGGAGUGGCACUGCAGAGGUAACGAAAAAAUCGCAUGUAGCUUGGGAUAAGGUGUGUGAUCCCAAGAAUGCAGGAGGUUUAGGUAUUACUGCUCUGCAUGAACGGAAUGUAGCUAAUAUGGGGAAACUUCUUUGGAAUAUUCAGUCAAAAGCAUAUAAGCUGUGGGUGAAAUGGAUCAAUGAACAUGAAACCUUGGAGCACCUUUAUUUUGAAUGUGAUUGGACUAAAUCUCUUUGGAUUGAAAUGCUUAACUGGUUAGGCUAUUGCAAAAGUCCGGUUGUGUGGGAACAGGAAAAGCAUUGGAUCAGUGCAGAAUCAGUGAAGAAGGAUUGGCGGAGGCAGUUUUAA